AUGCGCUCGCUGCAAAUCAUCAUGACUAUACAGGCAGCCUUCUCAGUGCUUGUCCAUGGCCAAGACGAGCAGCCCUUGAUCCAAAUGACCUGGCCUGACGCAAACGAAAGUUUUUACAGCGUCAUCAAUGGAAGGAACGUGACACACAAUGGCGGACACGAUGACUGGGGCUUGAGCUCGAGAAACUUCCAGUGCUCAGAUGUUAACCUUCCUUCCGACGCAAAACGAACCUUGCUUUCGAUUGAUGGGUUUCAUAUUCAGUUAUCGCAGAUGUGGGAUUCCAAGACCGUCUCGAGUUCAUUCGAAAUUGGGAGAUGGAUGAUAGACUGGUCGUUCGGUCAAUUUGAAGGACUUGAUGGUGCCAAUGCGACUGCUUUCGCCUGGUCCAGCGGCCUCUAUUACGACGGCUUGUCUGACUUGGGAGUUACAUGUGGUGACAGGCAUUUGGCGCCAGACUCUUACGGGAUUCCCAAUUGGGAAGAAGAGGGCAUUAUCGACAUAUUCCAGGUCAAACCGGAGCAAUGGAACGGAGUUAACGCGACACUGGGCAUAAGCUUUCAACAAAAGCUGCCAGGUUCCCAGACUGAGUUGCCGUCACAAACUUUCAUACAGUGCGCCUACAUCCAGUUCACAACGGCCCCAGUUCCUGCAUCGCCUUGUCAGGCGGCCACACCAACAACCAAGACUACAUCAAGCGAGACGCCAGAACCGACUCGAGCAACUCGAACUGGCUUUCCCUGGGACAGAGAGACGUCACCCACAAGCACAAGGGCUAGUAAUGAAAACGCCGAGGACGAUGGUGACGGUGAAGGUGACGGAGGUCCUAGCGCUAAGAGUCUUGGCUUGGCGAUCGGCCUGUCAGUGGGCAUACUGGCCCUUGUAGGCUUGAUUUCCUAUUGCUGGCCUCGCCUUCCAGUGAAAUACACCUCUCGAGUUCCUGGAACAAGCGGCUGGGUGAAAUAUCAACGCGAGACUACACCGGGGGAGUCACCAGAAAUGAAUGGACAAGGGGCCACAUUGCAAGCACCAGCCACCUUUAGAACAUCCAACACUAGAAGAAGCAGCCCGCCCCGAGUGGUAUCGCCAGCAGGCUAUUACCAAUCCCGGCAAAGGCUCUCUUCCGAUGUCGAUGUUGAGGCGGGGUCGCCUCAUCGACAGCAACAACCUUUGCCUGAGAGCGAGAUUAUCAUGAUCCAAGCAGCUAUCGCCGAUUCAAAUGAACCGAAUAAGGCCACCAUCGACGAACCUCUUCCUGCGUAUCCAGGACCACCUCCGGAAUACGAGAGAUAG